AUGCCCACCACCUAUUCCUCCAGCGAAAAAACCCACAUCCUCAAGCUAUGCACCACGCACAACAUCCGCGACGGCCACCCUACCCCACGGGGUAUCUGGCCACUCAUCGCCACAGCCAUGCAAAUGGAAGCGCAACAGCAUCUUCCCGGCGGUCAACAAUUCGACAGCGAUCCUUGGCAUUUCAGACACUAUCUGCCCAAAACCUUGAAUUCAUUAGCACUGCGGUGGAUUCGGGAGGAGGCGAGAAAAGAGAGAACCAGGAAGUUCAGGGAUCUACAGGCCAGAAGGGCGAGAGGAGAAAAGACUCUGACGGAGAUUAUUGAGGAGCAUAUAGCGUCGGGAUUGAGUGUCAGGACGGAUUUCGGUUUUGUUGUCUUGUAA